GUAAGGCAGCCCCUUGCGCCGUCGCGACUCUGCCGUGCGCCGCGGGAGCGCGGGGACGUGGGCCAUGGCGCCCUGGCGGACUCUGAGGAGAGCCCUCGUGCCUCCUCUCUGCCGCGCCUUCCCUGGCCGCGGCUGUCACCUCGCCCCCGAGCGCGGCGCUGAGUGCAGGGAAGCGGCGCCGAGCCGGGAGAAUGCUCUUCAAACCCCCAACUGUAGAUUCAAACUAAACAUCAUAAGGAGGAAGUUGAAACUCAAGAUAGAUGAGAAACUGGUUUCAAGAUUCUGCCCUCCACGGAAAUCUUGCCAUGACUGGAUAGGACCCCCAGAUAAAUACUCAAACCUUCGACCUGUUCACUUUUACAUCCCUGAAGACGAAUCACCAUCGGAGCAAAAGCUGAGAGAAUUAAGACAAGAAACACAAGAAUGGAACCAACAGUUCUGGGCAAACCAGAACUUGACUUUUCGUAAGGAAAAAGAAGAAUUUAUUCAUUCAAGACUACAAGCUAAAGGCCUGGGACUAACAGCUGAGACAGGCCAAAAAGCAACAUUGAACGCAGAAGAAAUGGCUGACUUUUACAAGGAAUUUUUAAGUAAAAAUUUUCAGAAGCACAUGCAUUAUAACAGAGACUGGUACAAGCGUAAUUUUGCCAUCACCUUCUUCAUGGGAAAAGUGGCCCUGGAGAGGAUUUGGAGCAAGCUGAGACUGAAACAAAAGAAGACCAGCGAUUAGAACCCACCCUGACCCACCCGCUGUGAACCAAGCUUCCAUGAGAAGGGCUGGUCUAGGAAUGCAUUUUCUGAGGGAUCUAAAAACCUGUAAGUGACCUGAGCCCCUCACCUUUAUGGGGGUCCCCUGGCUUAUGUCAUUGCAGGGUGGGCUGGGAGAACGUGGAUCCUGGUGCACCAUGGGCCACGUGGCUCUGCCCUACUGGAUGCCAAGCUGGCUCUUGGUCACGGAAGUGACGUUAAAUAAAACCCAAGCACUAUGUGCCGGAUUUUUUGUUUUUGAAUGAUACCAAUUUGCAAGUGAACAAUAUAAAAAUAUUAAUAAAACUUCACCUGAAAAAUUUGA